UCUUCGUGGAGAAAAUCGCGAAAUACUGAGACGAGGUCGAAAAAGCUAAAAACUAUUCUUUUUCAGACAAUGGUUCACAAUUUUUUCCCUUUACGUUUUUACUUAUUCUCAUUAAUAUUUUCAAAUUUUACGUUGAAAACUGAUUCUAGAAAGGUCUCUUUCAAUCACGUUUGGUCAAAACUGAAAUUUCGGCUGAGCUCAGAACUGGCUAAGCUCAGCGAUCGAUACUCUCAGCUUGCAGACCUAUCUAGUUUUUUGGGUUAAGGGAUAAGUCCCCCAUUCACAUACUGUUAGAUAGCCGAAAUGAUAAGCUUUAAAAGUAUGGAGAACUUUUUUUAAAAUUCCUUUCCAUUGCUGAGAAAAUUCAUUUUUUCUGAAUAAGAUGCGAAAAAUUCUCAAUUGUGCCUGUAAUUCUCAGCUUUCUUUAUCAGAACUCAACUUUUAAGCAAUAAAAACAUCAUAUCCGGAAUCAGGAUCAAAAAUUGAGUCCGAUGAUGUGUAUUUCGAAGCUUUUAGCUGAUUUUCAUUUUUUGGUGAAAAUCUCGAUCGUUUUUCAACACGAAAAUUCGACAAAAGAUGAAAAUCAGCUAAAAGAAAGGUGUUGUAGAGGUGGAAGAUGUGUCAUUUUAGUCAGAAAUUUCCGGGCUAUAAUCAUGUCUUAUUAAGAAAGGUUUUGGUUACCUUUAGAUCUUCUGAAAAACUGGUUUUCCAGCAAACCUUAGGCUUCUAAUUUUCUGUCUAGCUUAGCGCUUCUAAUUUUGCAUGAUCAUUGUUCUCACGGAAUGCUAAUCACCGAGAAAAUUUAGGCCUCUUUUCCUGGAUGGUUCGCGAAAUAUAGCAUUUCAUUUCUUUUCCAUAAAAUGCUAAUAACUCCUGACAGCUUGAUAAACAGUUUAUGCUCCCGGUAAUACAAUCACGAAAGUGAGAUUAAGUAGUGCUUUUCUAAAACUGAUUUUAUAACUUGGAAUGAUAGGAUUUUACCUUCGUAUUCUCACUUUUUGAUCACAGAAACCAAUCAAAACCUUUUAGGGUAAACUUAAAAACUGUCUUUAGUCACCACAGCACCAAAAGCACGCGCAUGCGAUCUCGGUAUUCCCUUCAAUGGACAAACAGGAAAGCAUAAUACUAUAACAGAUGUAUCAGGUAUAGAAACUGAUCAUACAACAUUGAUAGAUGAAAAGGGAAAAGAAGCAAUUCGUGCAGGUGUUACUGUCGUUUUUCCAAAAGGAAAAAAUUCUCUAGAUCGAGUGUUCGCAGCAUGGUUCACGUUAAAUGGAAAUGGUGAAAUGACUGAUACUACGUGGAUUGAUGAAUCAGGAUUGUCAGGUUCGCCUAUUUUGAUCACCAACACAAACAGCGUAGGUACAGUUCAUGACGCGGUUGUUAAAUGGUAUAUCGAUAAGAGCUCAGAUGACGACUGGGAUUUGGCGGUGGUAGCUAAAACAUGGGAUGGAUACUUUAAUGAUGUUAACGGGUUUCAUGUAAAAAAGGAGCAUGUUUUUGAAGCAAUGAAUAGUGCUAAAUCUGACUCGGGGGUUGAAGGAAAUGUCGGAGGUGGUACGGGCAUGGUGAUGCAUGAUUUCAAAGGAGGCAUUGGCACUUCAUCAGGCAAGAAUCCGACGCAAUUAGUACGUUAUGAUAAUCGUGGUUCUACGACUAACGAGGUAGGCUCUGGGACCAUUUGCUAUCAACAUUUGUCAAGUAGGUAAAAUGCGCCACAAAUUCAACACCAUUCGAAAAUAUAUCUAUGCUUCCUAAAAUAGAAUUGAGGUAUUUCCAGUUAGGCAAAGUAAUG